AUUGCGCAUUCGCUGUUACAAUUCCCUCUAUUGCUAUCUCCCCACCCUUUUACUGUCAACAUAACAUCUCGAGCAAACACUGCAGUAAAACGUUUAGAGACCAAUUAACUGCCGAUCUCACAUCCUGCUGUUACACUUUCUGCAUAACACAUGUACAGGGUGUCCCCCUCCCCAAAAAAUUAACAGGAUUUUUUUUCACUGCAGAAAUAAACUAUGCACCGUUAAACGCUCAUUAUCUGCCCUAAUGUAGCUCAGGUGGUCUGGACCAGAUGCAAAAGUUUGAAAAUAAACCAUUCUCUUAUUCGAGAUACGCAAUAUUCUGAAAAUUUCAAUGGAGAAAUGGCGCCCACCAUCAGUAACCAGCGCCACUCGGUUCCAUGUAUACGACUCUAUCGGCCGCCAUUUUUUUACUUAAAUUUCCAGAUCACUUAUAAAUUUUGGAUAAGAUAACGGUUCAUAUUGAAAAUUUGCCAUCCACUUCGGACUGCUUGCGCUACAUUUGGGUGAACACAGAGUGCUUGGCGAUGCAUUGUUUAUUUUUGCAGUAAAAACAAAAAAAACUUGUAAAUAUUUUUUUUAACAUACUGUACUAUUAGGUUUGCAUGAGGCGCAAACAGCGGAAUGUGUGGUGUUCAAUACUCGAGGCUUGUGGGAACUGAUGAAACUGCGAGGGUGAGAGUCCUACUUCGACGUUUUUGACCAGCGUUUGGUGCAGCUCGAACUCCGCGUUGAUGGUGCAUCAGUAGCUUCGUCGCAGCCAUUAUUGCUUACUCGGCACAUACAGCGCAAAAAAUACGGGACACAAAAAGGGAACGGGGAAGAAGAGGUGGGAAGGACUGCAGCUGGGUGGGGUGUGCAGUGAUGCGACUGACCCCAGUCACUUUGUAGCACCUUUUGGAGCAGCCAAAGUCAAUUGUGGAGCAGCAAAAGGUACUUUUGGAGCACAAGCACACCCUUCAUUUUAUUCAUACCACUGUGAAUAUUAUAUGUGAAGAUUUGUGUGUUGGCAUAUCCAACUAAAAAACGUGCGUGCUUUGCCUUCACACUUGUGUGCAACGGCGGGUUUGAUUUCCUUAAACGAAGAACUAGCUGUUUAGUUGCACAUAGAAGCACUAGGCAUGGCAACAAGAUGGUGGUUGAUGAAGGACAGUAUGGACUGCUGUGAAUGGUCAUUUUACGUACACUUCGGAACACGCGGGACAUCUUGGACGUGGAACCUCAAGAACAAUGGAGGCACUAUUUGGAACAUUUUCGAGUACAAGUCUCUGCGAAGACUGCUCCAGAACUACAGACGGCCAUAAAGACGCAAUGUCGCAUUGCUCAGGAAAGACUACUCCUCAUGAAGCCAAAGGAUGUGGAAAAGCACACACAGAAGAAUCCCUCUACAGCAUACUCAUCUCGAACCCAGUAUUGCCCCUAACGAGUAUAACGCGAACACCACUAUGGCUGGAAAGUCCAGACUUAUGCUUUAUUCGCUUGGACGAUAAACGCUUACAACGCAUUAUACAAGUUUUGAACGAGCAUAUGUGUAACUGGACGACGCUUGAUUACAUAUCUCUGUACUCCAACACUAACCCGCGUUUUGAUGCUCCGCACGGUAACAUUAGCUCAUAUUAUAUGGAUGUUACCAGCUCUUUUCAGGCCAUUGUGCAUUUACUAGAAUAUCAGUUUGGCGACCAGGUUCCCGUCUUUGUCCAGGACUUGUACAAUUUGCUCGAGUGUCGCAUCCCUCAAAAAAAUUGCAUGGAAGUUGUGUCUCCCCCUAGUGCUGGCAAAAACUGUUUCUUUGACACUAUCGUGGGCUUUUACAUUAAUCGAGGCACUAUACACAAUUUUAACCGCUGCUCAAAUUUUCCCCUACAAGAUGCUGUAGGAAAGCGUCUGUUAGUUUGGCACAAGCCAAACUGCGGGUCGGCAGCCUUUGAAACUAUUAAAAAGAUUGUAGGUGGUGAUGUGGACAAUGUGUCUGUCAAGAACUCACCGGACAUGAUUGUGAUCCGGACUCCAGCGAUUGUGCUCAGCAGCAGUAAAACAAUUCCACGUGAUGAAGCCUUCAAUCAUCGCAUGUUUUGCUACAAGUGGACCGCCUGCCCUGCUCUCAAGAUUUACGACAAGAAGGUGCACCUCCUGACCAUCAUCAACCUGUUUGACAAGUACCUGGACGACGAAGAAUACUGCGUUCAACGCAAUCUGGUUCAAUAAAGCUUGGUUCAAACUUUAAACACCGCCGAUUAGUGCUGUGAGCUCAAUGAAGCUAGCUUACAUGCCAGAACAGACUAGGAACAUAAGAUAUGUUGCAAAAAUUCCAAGUACUGUUAGUGUUUGACGCUGAAAGGGAGAUCGAGUAGGAUGGUACAUUAUUUGUGGGCAAAAUCUAAAUUUCCAAAAAUUUGUGCAAGCCUACCACAACGAUCCGGACGUGUAGCGAGGCCUGAUUAUAUUUUCGGUAUUAAGUGAAAUCAAGUUUUAGCACAACGUUGGUGCAAGUUCCUCACGUGUAUGCUAAAUGUAGCUAGAUGUGGCAGGGUAAGCCUUUUGA